AACAAUAACGACGCACUAUUUUCACAUAUUGCUUGUGUUUUUUGCUUCUUCUCCAAGGCGAUCGUUCGUAGUUUCUCUUCUUCUUCUGUAGCUUUUUCGCGUUUCAAUGGCCGGCAGAGGGAAGACUCUGGGAUCUGGAGCCUCGAAGAAGGCCACCUCGAGGAGUAGCAAGGCAGGUCUGCAAUUUCCGGUCGGUCGUAUCGCGAGGUUUCUGAAGGCCGGGAAGUACGCCGAGCGUGUUGGUGCCGGAGCGCCUGUUUACCUCGCAGCCGUACUUGAAUACCUUGCUGCAGAGGUCCUUGAGUUGGCUGGAAAUGCUGCCAGAGACAAUAAGAAAACGCGUAUAGUGCCUCGCCACAUUCAGCUGGCAGUGAGGAACGAUGAGGAAUUGAGCAAGCUGCUUGGAGACGUGACUAUUGCCAAUGGUGGUGUGAUGCCCAACAUCCACAACCUUCUUCUCCCCAGGAAGACUGGUGCUGCAGGCAAGGCAUCAGGUGGAGAUGAUGAGAGUUAGGAGACUGAAUAGUGUCAUUGAUGUAGUGUUUUUUUUCCUAUAUUUCUCUGUUCUUGUAGUAUGUAGAUCUAGAUUUCAAUUACUUCAGUCCGUUCGUGCACGUUUAGUUGUAGCAUUUAGAGCUCUUGCUAGAAGUGAUGUGAAUACGAAAACACCCAACUAUUAUGGUGUUCUUAAUGAAAAAUCUUCCAUAAAU